GCAAGAGGGGGCUGCUGCUGCUCCUGGUUCCCCAGGCUCCUGGGAGUAGGAGGAGGAGCCGGACGCUCUGCUUGGAGCCAGGCUCCCGCCUCCCCCUGCCCCCCGCGGCCCCGUGGGAAGGCUGCCAGCCGCGGUGCCGGGUCUGGGGCGCCAGGGGCAGCCUCUUGCCCCAAGCCCGGGGGACACUGCCCCUCCCUGUCUGGGCCACGUGCCUUUGGGCAGGGCAGCCGCUGCGGUUGGGGCUUUUCUGCCAGGGGUGCAUGGGGGGGCCCAAGCCAGGGGUCCCCUGGAGUCUGGGCCUGCGUUCCCCCAGGCAGCAGAUGGAGCUGGAAAAGCUGUUCUGGGGGGCACAGGGGGCGGGAGGUGGGAGCAGCCGGAGGAAACGCAAUGUCAACACCAGUCCUCAGUUCCAGCCGCCCACCUACCAGGUGUCGGUGCCAGAGAACAGGCCAGCCGGCACCCCAGUGAUCUUGCUGCAGGCCACUGACCCGGAUGAGGGCGAGGCAGGCCGGCUGCACUACUCCAUGGAUGCACUCUUCGACAGCCGCUCCAACAGCUUCUUCGCCAUGGACCCCCGCAGCGGGGCUGUGAGCACGGCCGAGGAGCUGGACCGUGAGACCAAAAGCACCCAUGUCUUUCGGGUGACGGCCGUGGACCACGGUACCCCCCGGCGCACGGCCCUGGCCACACUCACCAUCCUGGUGAGUGACACCAAUGACCACGACCCCAUCUUCGAGCAGCAGGAGUACAAGGAGAGCGUCCGGGAGAACCUGGAGAUCGGCUACGAGGUGCUGACGGUCAGGGCCACUGACGGCGAUGCCAGCGCCAAUGCCAACAUCCUCUACCGGCUUCUCAAUGGUGAUGGGGCCAAUGAAGCUUUCGAGAUUGACCCCCGCUCCGGAGUCAUCCGCACCAAGGGGCUGGUGGACAGGGAGGCUGUGGAAUCCUACCAGCUCCUGGUGGAGGCCAGUGACCAGGGCAAGGACCCAGGGCCCCGCAGCACCACGGCCACAGUCCACAUUGCUGUGGAGGAUGACAAUGACAACGUGCCGCAGUUCAGCGAAAAGCGCUACGUGGCCCAGGUGCCCGAGGACAUUGCCGUCGGCUCCCACGUGUUGCGGGUGACGGCCACGGACCAGGACAAAGGCAGCAAUGCUUUGGUGCACUACAGCAUCAUGAGCGGGAACACGCGGGGCCAGUUCUACAUCGACGCCCAGACGGGCAGCAUCGACGUGGUGAGCCAGCUGGAUUACGAGCUGAGCAAGGAGUACACGCUCCGAAUCCGGGCUCAGGAUGGGGGGCGGCCCCCGCUGUCCAACAUCAGUGGGCUGGUCACCAUCCAGGUCCUGGACGUCAAUGACAAUGCUCCCAUGUUUGUCAGCACCCCCUUCCAGGCCACAGUGCUGGAGAACGUGCCCCUGGGCUACUCGGUCCUCCACAUCCAGGCCAUCGACGCAGACUCCGGGGACAACGCCCGUCUGGAGUACACCCUGCUGGAGGCUGGCCCCAGGUUCCCCUUUGCCAUCAGCAACAGCACAGGCUGGAUUGUGGUGGCCUUGGAGCUGGACAGGGAGUCAGUGGAUUUCUAUAGCUUUGGGGUGGAGGCCCGGGCCCACGGCAGCCCCCCCAUGGCUUCCUCGGCCAGUGUCAGCAUCACCGUGCUGGACGUAAAUGACAACAACCCUGAGUUCACCCAGAAAGAAUACUCGGUGCGUCUGAACGAGGAUGCUGCUGUGGGUACCAGCGUCCUAACCAUCUCUGCCAUUGAUCGAGAUGCCAACAGUGUCAUCACCUACCAGAUAGCCAAUGGCAACACCCGCAACCGGUUCUCCAUCACCAGCCAGAGCGGCGGCGGCCUGGUCACCCUGGCGCUGCCGUUGGAUUACAAGCUGGAGCGGCAGUACCUGCUGACUAUCACGGCCUCUGACGGCACCCGGCUCGACACAGCCCAAGUGUUUGUCAAUGUGACUGAUGCCAACACCCACCGGCCAGUUUUCCAGAGCUCCCACUACGUUGGCACUACAGUGGUGCUCAUCAGUGCCACGGAUGAGGACACAGGGGAGAAUGCCCGCAUCACCUACUUCAUGGAGGACAGUAUCCCCCAAUUCCGGAUUGAUGUGGAUACAGGCGCAGUCACUACCCAGAUGGAGCUGGACUACGAGGACCAAGUGUCCUACACACUGGCCAUCACAGCCCGGGACAAUGGCAUCCCGCAGAAAUCGGACACCACCUAUUUGGAAAUCCUGGUCAAUGAUGUCAAUGACAAUGCGCCUCAGUUUCUGAGGGACACCUACCAGGGCUCUGUGUAUGAGGACGUUCCUGCCUUCACCAGUGUCCUGCAGGUCUCUGCCACCGACCGGGACUCAGGGCUCAAUGGGAGGGUGUUCUACACCUUCCAGGGAGGGGAUGACGGGGACGGGGAUUUCAUAAUUGAAUCUACCUCUGGCAUCGUGCGGACGCUGCGCCGGUUGGACCGGGAGAACGUCCCACUUUAUGAACUUCAAGCCUUUGCUGUGGACAAGGGCAUCCCAGCCUUGAGGACCCCGGUCAACGUCCACAUAGCCAUCCUGGAUGUGAACGACAACCCCCCAGUUUUCGAGCAGGAUGAGUUUGACAUCUUUGUGGCGGAGAACAGUCCCAUCGGCUUAGCGGUGGCACGGAUCACAGCCAGUGACCCAGACGAGGGCACCAAUGCCCAGGUCAUGUACCAGAUAGUGGAAGGCAACAUCCCUGAGGUCUUCCAGCUCGACAUCUUCUCUGGGGAGCUGACGGCACUGAUGGAUCUGGAUUAUGAGGCCAAGGCAGAGUAUGUCAUUGUGGUCCAGGCCACGUCGGCCCCGCUGGUGAGUCGGGCCACGGUGCACGUCCGCCUGCUGGACCAGAACGACAACCCCCCUGUGCUGAGAAACUUUGAGAUCCUCUUCAACAACUAUGUCACCAACAAGUCUAACAGCUUCCCCAGUGGGGUGAUUGGCCGCAUCCCAGCCCAUGAUCCGGACGUCUCAGACACGCUCACUUACAACUUCGAGCAGGGCAACGAGCUGAACCUGGUUGUGCUGAACCACAGCUCCGGAGAGCUGCGUCUGAGCCGGGCCCUGGAUAACAACAGGCCUCUGCAGGCUGUCAUGAGAGUGUCUGUCUCAGAUGGCAUCCACAGCGUGGCAGCCCAGUGCACCCUGCAGGUGACCAUCAUCACGGACGAGAUGCUGACCAACAGCAUCACGCUGCGCCUGGAGAACAUGUCUCAGGAGCGCUUCCUCUCGCCGCGCCUGGCACGCUUCCUGCAGGGGGUGGCAUCCCAACUGGGGCCCCACGGCAUGUGCUGUGGGGCGGGGGCGGUGUGGUGCUGGCAACGCCUGACGACCACCCCUGCUGCAGGAGAGCACUGCGAGGUGAACACCCACCUGGGCCGCUGCCUGCCCGGCGUCUGCAGGAACGGAGGCACGUGCACCAACCUGCUGGUGGGCGGCUUCAAGUGCGACUGCCCCUCGGGGGGCUACGAGAAGCCGUUCUGCGAGAUGGGCACCCGCAGCUUCCCCGCCCCCUCAAAUUUGAACCUUGACACAAACCAGUGGACUCCUGCCUGGCUCUGGGAGGUUGGGUUCGCUGUGCUGGGGGUGAUGAGGGCAGGGUCUCCAGGGUGUGCUGGGGGUGAUGUGGCUCAUGUCUCCUCCUUGGGCAGGUUCGCCACCAAGGAGCGGAACGGGCUGCUCCUGUACAACGGGCGUUUCAAUGAGAAGCACGACUUCGUGGCCUUGGAGAUCGUCCAUGAGCAGAUCCAGCUCACCUUCUCAGCAGGCGAGUCAACCACCACGGUGUCGCCGUCCGUGCCAGGUGGCGUGAGCGACGGGCAGUGGCACACAGUCCGGCUGCAGUACUACAACAAGCCUCUCAUUGGCAAGUCAGGGGUGCCACAGGGGCCCUCGGAGCAGAAGGUGGCCACGGUAACGGUGGACGACUGCGACACGGCCGUGGCCCUGAAGUUCGGGGAGUUGCUGGGGAACUAUUCCUGCUCCGCACAGGGGACGCAGUCGGGCACCAAGAAGUCCCUGGAUUUGACUGGCCCCCUGCUUCUAGGUGGGGUUCCCGACCUGCCGGAGAAUUUCCCUGUGCGGAGCCGGCACUUCAUGGGCUGCAUGAGAAACCUGAUGAUUGACAACCGACAGCUGGACAUGGCUGACUUCAUCUCCAACAAUGGCACCGUGCCUGGUGUGUGCCAGGUGGCUGAGACAGGAGCUGGGGGGCUGUGCUGAGGCUCUGAGGCAGGAGCUGGGGAGCUGUUGCUGGGCUUCUGGGGCAAGGCCUGCAGGCAGGAAAUGGCAAAUCCCCAGCGGUUCCUGGGCAGCAGCCUUGUGGCCUGGAGUAACCCAGCCCUCAGCAUCACGCUGCCCUGGCACAUUGGGCUCAUGUUCCGCACCCGGCAGGCCAGCAGCAUCCUCCUGCGGGCCUCGGCUGGGCAGCUCUCCACCAUCACCCUGCAGGUGGGUGCCACGUGGGCACAGGGGGCAAUCGCCUGGCUGGGGCAUGCGUGGGGGGGCAUUGUCCAGCAAGUGGGCCAUGUGGGGGGACGGGGCAUUAUCCAGCAGGCGGGUGCCACGUGGGCACAGGGGCUGGGCACUGGGACAUUGCAUCAUCUCCUUCUUGCCUCAGGUUACUACGGAGACAGUUGUGCCCAUGUGUGCACCCUCAACCCCUGUGAGCACCAGGCCACGUGCACUCGCAAGCCCAGCGCCCUACAUGGCUACACCUGCGAAUGUCCUUCCAGCUACUUUGGUCCCUACUGUGAAAACAAGAUUGACCAGCCGUGCCCACGGGGAUGGUGGGGGCAUCCCAUGUGUGGCCCCUGUAACUGUGAUGUUGGCAAAGGCUUCGACCCUGACUGCAACAAAACCAGUGGGGAGUGCCGCUGCAGGGAGAACCACUACUGCCCGCUGGCCAGCGACUCCUGCCUGCUAUGUGACUGCUACCCCACGGGCUCCCUGGCACGGCUCUGCGACCCCGAGACAGGGCAGUGCCAGUGUAAGCCAGGGGUCAUCGGGCGGCGCUGCGACCGCUGUGAUAACCCCUUCGCUGAGGUCACCGCCAAUGGCUGCGAAGUGAAUUACGACAGCUGCCCCCGUGCCAUCGAAGCCGACAUCUGGUGGCCCCGCACCCGCUUUGGGCUGCCCGCCGCGUCGCCCUGCCCCCGAGGAUCCUUUGGCACUGCAGUGCGGCACUGUGACGAGCACAAGGGCUGGCUGGCUCCCAACCUCUUCAACUGCACCUCGCUGCCCUUUGCCCAGCUCCGGAGCCUGGUGGAGCGGCUGCUCCGGAAUGAAUCCCUCCUGGCCCCGGGGCUGGCGCAGUGGGCGGCGCUGCAGCUGCACAAUGCCACCCAACACACAAGCAGUUACUUCGGCAGCGACGUGCGGGUGGCAUACCAGCUCUGCGCACUCCUCCUGCAGCACGAGAGCCAGCAGCAGGGCUUCGGCCUGGCCGCCACGCAGGACGUCCACUUCACUGAGAACCUGCUGCGGGUGGGCAGUGCCCUGCUGGAGCCCAGCAACAAGCGCCACUGGGAGCUGAUCCAGCAGACCGAGGGCGGCACGGCCUGGCUGCUGAAGCGCUACGAGGAUUACGCCAGUACCCUGGCCCGGAACCUGCGCCAGACCUACCUGAGCCCCUUCACCAUCGUCACGCCCAACAUCGUCAUCUCCGUGGUGCGGCUGGACAAGGUGAACUUCGCAGGGGCCAAGCUGCCCCAUUACGAAGCGCUGCGGGGCGAGAAGCCUGUGGACCUGGAAACCACCGUUAUCCUGCCCGAAACCGUCUUCCAGGCCCCCCGGGACAAACAGCCCCCCCCGGGCAGUGCCAAGCAGCCCCCCAGCUCGGUGGAGGAGGAGCUGGCACUGGGGCAGAAGAGGCAUAAGAGGCACCCGGAGCUGAGCAAGGACCAGGCUGUGGCCAGUGGCAUUUUCGCGGAGGGUGCGGAGGAGCAAGAGCCAGGUGAUGGGGAAGGGGCCGUGGGGCUGGGCAGCCUCCUGCUCACCUGCCUGGUGCUGGCCGGCCUGCGGAGCCUGCGCGCCAACCAGCACAGCAUCCGCAAGAACGCCGCCUCUGCCCUCUUCCUCGCCGAGCUCGUCUUCCUGCUGGGCAUCAACCAGGCCGAUGCCCCCUUUGCCUGUACGGUCAUUGCCAUCCUGCUGCACUUCUUCUACAUGGGCACCUUCUCCUGGCUCCUGCUGGAGGCGCUGCACCUCUACCGCAUGCUGACCGAGGUGCGGGACAUCGACCACAGCCCCAUGCGCUUCUACUACGUGCUGGGCUGGGGGGUGCCAGCCUUCAUCACGGGGCUGGCCGUGGGGCUGGACCCCGAGGGCUACGGGAACCCUGACUUCUGCUGGCUCUCCAUCUAUGACACGCUGCUUUGGAGCUUUGCUGGGCCCAUCGCUGCCGCUGUCUCGACCAGCCUCUUCCUCCCCAUCCUGGCCACCAAAGCUGCCUGCCUGGCCCAGGAGCGGGGCUUCGAGAAGAAGGGCCCUGUGUGAGUCUGACCGCCCAGCGCCCUGCUCCAGGAGCCUGGGGAUGUUUUCAGAGCAGCUGUUCUGAGCUCUGACCUGCCUUUGGCCUUCCCCCAGGGCCCCUUCAUCUUUUUCACUUGCAUCGUCUUCAACAAGGACGUGAGGAAGGCCCUGCAGUUCGGCUGCAGCAAGCGGUACAGCACAGACCCUGCGCUCACCACCAAGUCCACCCUGACCGCGGCCUACAGCUGCAACAACACCUACGUGGCUGGCCGGCUUUACCACAUGCCCUUUGGGGCAUCCACGGGCUCCCUGCACAGCACCACCCACUCGGGCAAGAGCCAGCACAGCUACAUGCCCUUUGUGCUCAGGGAGGAGUCCGGGCAGAAGAGCUGCCAGGUCAGCGGGCAGACGGAUCCCAGUUCCCUUUUCCUGGAGGCCCCGGAUCAGCCUAACGAGCACGACACGGACUCGGACAGCGACCUGUCCCUGGAGGACGACCAGAGCGGGUCCUAUGCCUCCACCCAUUCCUCGGAGAGCGAAGAGGAGUUCCCGGGCGGACCCUGCUGGGACAGCCUGCUGGGCCUCUCCAGAGCAGAGAACCUGCCAAGCCACGGCAAGCCCUACUGGCCCGGGGAGUUCGUGACCACGGCCAGCGAGAGCGAUGGGCAUGCGGGUCCCGAGAAGCUGAGGGUGGAGCCAGCCACGGGGCAGGUGCGGCUGGGCCAUGCAGAGGAGACAGUCAGGGAGAAUGGGGACGCCCUGGACAAGAAUAUGCUGAUGUCACUGCCCCACCCUGCCGCCCAGCCCCGCCAGACACUGCAGGAGCAGCUCAAUGGGGUGACGCCCAUCACCAUGAGCAUCAAGGCCGGCACAGCGGAUGAGGACUCCUCCGGCUCCGAAUUUCUGUUCUUUAAUUUCCUCCAUUAACAUGGCUCUGCCGCCCGCCUGGCCAGCCUGCUGGGGGCCUGUCUGCUCAUGACCAUACAUCCGUGUGUUUGUUCCCCCCCUUCUCGGUGUGUCACUGAGCAGGAGUGACGAGACCUCCAUCUGAGGGCCCCUGCCCAGGGAUCAACCGCCAGCUGACGGGGACCCGCCAUCCCAGGGACCAGCUGCCAGUGGGGCCUGCCACUGAGGGCACAAGCUGCACAGGUGCCCCCACAGGCCCUCCAGCAGGAGCGGGAGGACCCAAUGUGCCUUCUCCACCCCUCAGGUUUUUGUGCUCAAUGCAGACCCCUGCGGGCUGGUGCUGAGCAGGGCAGGGCCAGCCCCACGGAUGGACGGGAAGAGCUGCUGAAUGCGCUGAGCCCUGCUGACCACUGCUCCGCACACGGCUCGCCGGAGGGCACCGCGUGGCGCUGCCAAUGGACCUAGCAGUGGGCUGGUGGCUGCUGACGGAUGAGCACUGACUCCAUUGCUGCUGGUUGCUCCUAUUGCCCCCCCCCCAGGCCUGGAGUGAGCCCACGGCCCUGCUGGGGGUAUUCCCUUUGCAGCCUUAAAACCACCCAGGACUGGGCUGCCUGGCAGACUCCGGGGCUCUCCGCAUGACUACAUGUGGGAAGGAGCUGGGCUGGGCUGGCCCCAGUGCAAGGCUGAGCUUGUCUGCGUCUUCAGCUGGCCCAUGGCCUCCAGCAUGUCUGGGCAGCAUCACAGGGCACCCCGGGGGCUGGGGCAGCCCUGUUCUGCACCCACUCUGGGAGGCACCCGCACUGCCCCAGGGGCAGGAGAUGCCCAAGGCUGCUAUAGGCUCAAGCCCUUAGUGCUGGCUAUGCUGGGAGGGCGGCCGGGCCCCCAGCAGCAGCACCAGAAGUGGGGGGGAGGCGAGACCCCUGUGGGUGUCCUGGCACAGUUGCUAUUUUGUACAGCACUUGCUACAAUGGGGAGUGUGAGCGAGGGGCGCCCCUGCCACCAGGCCAGGGCCCUGCCACACCUAGACCCCCACCCGCUCAGCUCCUGCACUGGCCCAGCCCGGCCCCGCCCCA